ACUGCAGCCAUGUCGGACGAAGAGGAGGCGGUGGCUGAGGCUGAAGAGAUCAUUCGCAGCCAGAGGAUCUUUCUCAACCAUUUGGACAGCUACGGCGGCAGGAACAUCGGGAAGUAUCUGGCCAGUUGUAUUGUUGGAGCCUCCUUGGAAGAAAUACCAGAGGAAGAAGAAGAAGAUGAUGAAGGAAGAUCAAUUGUUGAAAUUGUGCCCCCUAAACCAAAGGAAGGAAUAUAUCAAAUAGUGGGAACUCUUUCACAGGCAGAGAAUGCAAAACCAGAUUUUGCUAUGGAAGCAUAUACAAUACCUUCUCCAGAUGAGUUGCUAGCUCACCUGUUAGAAUGUGAUAUCAUUAUUUACAACAUCACUGAAGAUGCAAAGCAAAUUGAGGAAGCAGUCUGGGCAGCUACAGCAUUACAUGCAGAAUCAAAAAACUUUGAAAAGCAGAAAUUGUUCAUUCUUCUAUCAACAAUAAUGACAUGGGCACGAAGCAAGCCUCUUGAUCCGGAAGAUCCAGAAAUACCCUUCACAGAAGAAGACUAUCGUAGAAGGAAGCCUCAUCUUAAUUUUAUGGAACACAUCAAUGCUGAAAAAACCAUUAUCAAACUUGGGAAAACAAACAAAAGCAAAUUUGGCACAUAUGUUGUUGCUUCAGGUGUUCAGUAUGGAGCAGAAGAAAGACUUCUCCACUACUUUUUUAAGUUAUCUUGGCUUGGUGAGACUCCUGCAAUACCCUGUUUUGGAGAUGGACGAAAUGUGGUUCCUACCAUUCACAUUACUGACUUAGCAGCAGUGUUGCAGAAUAUAGCAGAUCAUAGACCAAGGACUAAUUACUUACUUGCAGUGGAUGAAUCAACACAAACCCUGAGUGAAAUUGUGAAGUGCAUCAGCAAAAAUGUGGGUCCAGGAAAAAUACAGAAGAUUCCAAAAGAAAAUGCUUUCCUAAACAAAGAAUUAACGCAAACACAUUUGGAUGAAUUAUUUGUGAAUCUGCGAAUGGAAGCUGUAUUCUUGAAGGAGAAUUUCAACAUAAAAUGGGUUGCUCAAGGAGGGAUAGUAGAGAAUAUUGAACAAGUUGUCAAUGAGUAUAAACAAACUCGAGGAUUACUGCCACUUAAAAUGUGUAUACUUGGUCCUCCUGGAGUAGGGAAAACUUCCAUUGCAGAAGAGCUAUGCAAAUAUUACAAAGUGCACCAUAUUAAAAUAAAGGACGUGAUCACUAAAGCCAUAGAAAAUCUGGAGAAAAUGGUUGCUCCUCGAGAGGUAGAAGAGUCUCUGGAGGAAGAGGAGGCAGAAGAGGAAGAAGAGGAGGAAGAAGAAGGAGAUAAUAUAGAAGAAGCACAGGAAUUGAUAGAUGCAGUUAAAGAAAACAUGGAGCAAAAUGCAGGUCGUCUCGAUGAUAACUAUGUGAUCCGGUUUAUGAAGGAAAUGCUAGUGUCUAUGCCUUGUAAAAACCAAGGAUAUAUUUUGGAUGGCUUUCCAAAAACCUAUGACCUGGCAAAAGAUCUUUUUAACGGCCACGCCCUCCUCUGCAUCGCAUCCACAUCCGGCAUCCUUGGGACUCACCCUACCUUGCCCCGCAGCAUCUGCGGCCGAACGGGCCUGGAGCCAUAUCGUCCUCCACAGGCAGCCACAAAUCGAGGCCCCGGCUUUGGCCUAGCUCCCGUCGGCGGCCCACACGAAUGCAAUCCGGCAAUUGUGAGAAACGGAAAGCCAUUCACAGAUGGGGAGUAUGCCAAAACAUUCAUGCUUGAUGUUGCCAAUGAACUUUUUGACGACUUUUCGGAUAAAGACAAGAUAAUCAAACGAAUAAAAGACAUGCCUCUGUCAGCAAGAACUGUUCACGAUCGUACCAUCAUGAUGGCAAAUCAAAUUGAG